UUAUUUUGUGUAAAAAAAAUUGUUUCUAAAUGACAUUAUUGCACUUUGCAUCGGCAACCAAAAAAAAUCCGUAUAUCAGCGAAAAAAAUUGAGUCGACAGCCAUUUGUUGAAAUUGAUUUGAAAACAGCAAAGUGAAAGCAGAGAAUCCAGAUGGCGGACGAUAGCAAUCACACCGUGAGACUGCUAUGCCGCCCAAAGCAACUCAACAAAGGAACCGACCCAGGAAUCCAUCACUGGCUAAUCGGAUCCCCAUUCCUACCGCCUCUUACCAUCGUCUCCAUCCUCCGCUGCAUCAACACCACCCCCUCCUCCUCUUCUCCCGAUUUCCGCAAAGAAUCAGACGACCUUCAAACCUUAAUUCCGAAAGGCUUUCAACUAAUCGGAGCCCUAGCUUCCGGAGACGACACUGAUGCUCGUGCCGCAAUCGAAGCUACUCGUGAAUUAAGGAAGAUCCUCUACGGUGAAGGAUCGGUAGUUGAUCAAUCUCUGAUCGGAGCUAUUUCCAGUUCGGAUUCUGGUGAUCUCCGUUUUUUUGUGGCGGAGAGUGGAAAUGCGAAUAGCGGGAUUAAGCUUGUUACAUCGGUUAUACAGGAAGAACAUCCUGAGAAGUUUUUGUGGGAGAAUGGUUGCAUGCUUCGUUGUGAGCUUCCGAUUAAGUUGCCUGUCUAUUACCCUCUCAAAAAUCCAACUGAUGUUGAGAAAGCAUAUGUAAAGGCAACUGAAGCUGUUAUUGCCAAGUUAAAAGACCCUCAGGCCGUGUACAUUUUAGAAGUAUUGAGCAAAACCUCUCCAGAUCAACCUCCGCCUGCCAUAGUUCGAGGUGUACAAUUAGACUUUGACACAGACCUCUCCAAAACCAAGCCUUUGGCUAAGAGUGAUGAGGGCUUUGAUGCAAGCUCACUAUCAUGUUCAUACUUUUCCUUCAACAAUAAAGCAGCUUUUUCCAUAGAGAAUGCAGAUACUAUCCAAGUGAGUGUUCUAUUUAAUAGCUUAGGGCCGUCAUCAGCAUCUGCUGCACCUAUUGCAGAAUAUCUUCCAGUCCUGGAAGAAGCCAGACUCGUUGUUGUGGAUAUUAAGCUAGAUGUACUCUGCUAUUCUUCCAGGGAUCUUCCACUCAGACAUGCAGUUUCGUGUUUAAUCAUCCCUGGAUUAAUUGACCAGUUAAAUAUCAUGCAAAACUUUAUGUUGCCUAACCUAUUGGUACAACAUCCUCAGCUAAAACCUUAUCACUUUAGUCCUCCUGGGAUUCUGCAUCCAAUAACUGUUUUCUAUGAACUGAAUUUUGGGGAGACAGAAAUGAAGCAAGUUGAAUUUAGGAAAUCCUUGCACUUUAGGUUGGGGCUACCUUAUGAUCGUCCCCUUCUAAGAAUUGCCAAUGCCUUGGAUUUUUCAAAAUUGAAAAAUGGUGGUUCUGUCUCUCCGCAGAAAGGUUCAUCUUUGCUCAGAGAUGUACACAUUGGGAUUCCAAGCAGUGGGGUUACUGGGGGAACUCUUUCCCUUGUUCAAGGUUCCUACGAGUACCAUCAUUAUCUUCAGGAUGGUUUCAAUGAUUCGGGAUGGGGUUGUGCUUAUCGGUCCCUCCAGACUAUCAUUUCAUGGUUCAGGCUCCAAAACUACUCAUCUAUAGCAGUUCCUUCUCAUAGAGAAAUACAGCAGACACUUGUCGAGAUUGGUGAUAAAGAUCCUUCUUUUAUUGGGUCACGAGAGUGGAUUGGUGCCAUUGAGUUGAGCUUUGUUUUAGACAAACUUCUGGGUGUUACUUGCAAAGUCAUCAAUGUUAGAUCUGGAGCUGAGCUUCCGGAAAAAUGUCGAGAGCUAGCAUUGCACUUUGAGACCCAAAGUACACCUAUUAUGAUUGGUGGUGGUGUACUUGCAUAUACACUAUUGGGAGUGGAUUACAAUGAUGCAACUGGAGAUUGUGCAUUUUUAAUACUUGAUCCACACUAUACAGGCACAGAUGAUCUGAAGAAAGUAAUCAAUGGGGGAUGGUGUGGGUGGAAAAAAGCUGUUGAUAGCAAGGGAAAGAAUUUCUUCUUGCACGAUAAGUUUUAUAAUCUACUGCUGCCACAGAGGCCUAACAUGGUUUGAUAGACUGGUGAUUCAAUGGAUGGAACUAAUUCCCAAUUUCUUGCAGUGGAAGAUUUUUUUUAUAGUUAGAUGUGAUUGGGAAAUACGGGUUCUGUUAGUUCGUUGCGUCUCUUUUUGGUUAGGGAUGUUCUGUAAUUGACUUUCUGUGACUAAAACAAAAAUUAUCGGGCAUACCAUGCCUUGCCCUGAAUCUUCUGUCGAGUCACUUGGUCAAAAUCCUAGGCAAAGGAUAUUUCGAACACGGGCAAUGUAGGAUAGAAUGAUACGUUUCCUGUCAUUUAUGAUGCCAGUUGCUCAGGACAGUGAGGUUUAUAUUUCUAUACAUUUGUGGUUUUUUAAUUC